CUCAAAACCCGCCUCGGGUCAGCUUUGUGACAUCGGAAUCCGGGGGCUUCCGAACCUCGGGAUCUCUCCUCUGCAUUCCAGAUGUGACUUGCUUGGCACGCAACGAUUGGCGAUUAUUCCGCGAGAUCCCGUGCAGGGAAAGCUCCCUUAGCCCGUGGCCAGGCUGAAUGGCUGAUAAGAGGUGGAUUAGGAGGAGAGUUAGACAGACCAAUAGCUGCUGCCAGUGGGAGUAUUUGUUAUUCACAUGGAAGAGACUUUGCGUUGUGCUCUGGAAUCACAGCCCCUUUCAGCACCAAGAACAGCUACAAGUGCAGCUCCCAGUCCCAGGCUCGCACAGCAGCAUGCCCUGACAUGGAGCUGCAAGCAGCCAAGGCGGGCUUCUUUACAGCACCCUCUGCCUGAAAUAGGGAAUAGUUCUGCUGCAGGGCUGAUUUCAUGUAUUGUUGACCUCAUCCCAACAUCAGAACCUCGGAUAUUCUAAUUAUCUCAUCAGUCCAUGGGAGCUGAAUUGCUUGAUAGAGAAACUUGAAUCAUAUGGGCCCAAUGGAAAUUCACUGUGAAGCUCACAUCCAGAAACCUUGCUGAAACACACAGAGCCCUUACUUCAUGGGCCCUAAUGGUAGCCUUCAGAAGGUACAGCUUCAUAUGGUCCCCUUCCUUCUGCAGCAAGAAUAAACUUUGGGUCUUGAAUUACAAUACCACCUGUGGAAAAAAUGGUAUGCGAAGGAAAGCGGUCGCCCUCUUGCCCUUGUUUCUUCCUCCUGACAGCCAAGUUCUACUGGAUUCUCACCAUGAUGCAAAGAACUCACAGCCAGGAAUAUGCCCAUUCUAUUCGAGUGGAUGGGGAUGUCAUUUUGGGAGGACUAUUCCCUGUCCAUGCAAAAGGAGAUAGAGGGGUGCCUUGUGGAGAGUUGAAGAAGGAAAAAGGGAUCCACAGACUUGAGGCCAUGCUAUAUGCAAUAGACCAGAUCAAUAAAGAUCCUGAUCUCCUUGCCAAUAUCACUCUUGGAGUCCGGAUCCUGGAUACUUGUUCCCGAGACACUUAUGCUUUAGAGCAAUCUUUAACAUUUGUGCAAGCAUUAAUAGAGAAAGAUGCUUCAGAUGUGAAAUGCGCUAAUGGAGAUCCACCCAUUUUCACUAAGCCCGACAAGAUAUCAGGGGUCAUAGGUGCUGCAGCAAGUUCUGUAUCUAUCAUGGUUGCUAAUAUUUUAAGACUUUUUAAGAUACCUCAAAUCAGCUAUGCAUCGACAGCUCCAGAGCUCAGUGAUAACACCCGGUAUGACUUUUUCUCCCGAGUGGUUCCACCUGACUCCUAUCAAGCUCAAGCCAUGGUCGAUAUUGUGACAGCUCUUGGAUGGAAUUAUGUGUCAACACUGGCUUCUGAGGGAAACUAUGGUGAGAGUGGUGUGGAAGCAUUUACUCAGAUCUCCAGGGAAAUUGGUGGUGUUUGUAUUGCUCAGUCACAGAAAAUCCCCCGUGAACCAAGGCCUGGAGAAUUUGACAAAAUCAUCAAACGUCUGUUGGAAACACCUAAUGCUCGGGCAGUCAUCAUGUUUGCCAAUGAAGAUGACAUCAGGCGAAUAUUGGAAGCUGCCAAAAAAAUAAAUCAAAGUGGGCAUUUUCUCUGGAUUGGCUCAGAUAGCUGGGGCUCAAAAAUAUCACCUGUCUAUCAACAAGAAGAGAUUGCUGAGGGGGCUGUAACUAUUCUACCCAAAAGAGCUUCAAUUGAUGGAUUUGAUCGAUAUUUUAGAAGCCGGACUCUUGCCAAUAAUCGGAGGAAUGUGUGGUUUGCUGAAUUUUGGGAGGAGAAUUUUGGAUGCAAAUUAGGAUCACAUGGAAAAAGGAACAGUCAUAUCAAGAAAUGCACAGGAUUAGAAAGAAUUGCCCGGGAUUCCUCUUAUGAGCAAGAAGGGAAAGUCCAGUUUGUAAUUGAUGCAGUAUAUUCCAUGGCUUAUGCACUUCACAACAUGCAUAAAGAUCUCUGUCCUGGCUAUAUUGGUCUUUGUCCACAAAUGAGCACAAUUGAUGGCAAAGAGCUCCUUAGUUAUAUUCGGGCUGUAAACUUUAAUGGCAGUGCUGGCACGCCAGUCACCUUCAAUGAAAAUGGAGAUGCUCCUGGGCGUUAUGACAUUUUCCAGUAUCAGAUAAACAACAAGAGUACAGAAUAUAAAAUAAUUGGUCAUUGGACUAACCAACUUCACCUAAAUGUAGAAGACAUGCAGUGGGCUAAUAGAGAGCAUACUCAUCCUGCAUCCGUCUGCAGCCUGCCAUGCAAGCCUGGGGAAAGGAAGAAAACGGUAAAAGGAGUCCCUUGCUGCUGGCACUGCGAGAGGUGUGAAGGCUAUAAUUACCAGGUGGAUGAACUGACCUGCGAACUUUGCCCUUUGGAUCAAAGACCCAACAUCAACCGAACAGGCUGCCAGCUCAUUCCCAUCAUCAAGCUGGAAUGGCAUUCUCCCUGGGCCGUAGUGCCCGUGUUCAUUGCUAUCUUGGGAAUCAUCGCCACUACCUUUGUCAUCGUGACCUUUGUCCGUUACAAUGACACGCCGAUAGUGAGGGCGUCUGGGCGGGAGCUGAGCUAUGUGCUCUUGACCGGGAUCUUCCUCUGUUACUCGAUCACUUUUUUAAUGAUAGCAGCACCAGACACUGUUAUCUGCUCCUUCCGACGGAUCUUUCUGGGGCUGGGCAUGUGUUUCAGUUAUGCAGCCCUACUGACCAAAACAAACAGAAUCCACCGGAUAUUCGAACAAGGGAAAAAAUCUGUCACAGCUCCAAAGUUUAUCAGCCCAGCGUCCCAGCUGGUAAUCACCUUCAGCCUAAUCUCUUUGCAGCUUCUAGGAGUCUUCGUUUGGUUUGCUGUGGAUCCUCCCCAUAUCAUCAUUGACUAUGGAGAACAGAGGACACUGGAUCCAGAAAAUGCCAGAGGGGUGCUCAAAUGUGAUAUUUCUGACCUUUCGCUCAUUUGUUCACUUGGAUACAGUAUUCUCUUGAUGGUCACGUGUACUGUUUAUGCCAUUAAAACCAGAGGUGUCCCAGAGACCUUCAAUGAAGCCAAACCCAUUGGAUUUACAAUGUAUACCACCUGCAUCAUUUGGUUAGCUUUUAUUCCCAUCUUUUUUGGUACAGCACAGUCAGCAGAAAAGAUGUACAUCCAGACAACAACACUUACUGUCUCCAUGAGUUUAAGUGCUUCGGUAUCUCUGGGCAUGCUCUACAUGCCCAAGGUUUAUAUUAUAAUUUUUCACCCCGAGCAGAAUGUUCAGAAACGAAAGCGGAGCUUCAAGGCUGUGGUGACAGCUGCCACCAUGCAAAGUAAACUGAUCCAAAAGGGAAAUGGUCGACCAAAUGGCGAGGUGAAAAGUGAGCUCUGUGAAAGUCUAGAAACCAACAGUAAGUCAUCUGUAGACUUUCACAUGGUCAAGAGCGGGAGCACUUCCUAAUAGAUCUUCCUCUACCAAGACAACAUAUGUCACCUACAGCAAUCUUGCAACCUGAAGAGAGAAAUGAAAUUAAUCUGAAAAGCUGCGGUAUGUGAUCUUAACAACGAAUAUGACACGACCAAAAACUCACUCUUGAAAAUCUCUGUAGACUACAAUCAAUCAAUAGUCAGUCUCUUAAGGAGCAAAAAUUAAUCAUGAGCCAAAAGUAUUGGUAAUGGGGAGGAAAGAUAUCUGUUUUAUAAAAUACAACCAAUGAGUUUAAAGUUCAAGAAUUGCUUACUCAUGAGAAGUUUAAAAAAAAAAUCACAAAAGGAAAACUAAUGUUAGCUUGUGAAAAAAAAAUGCUGUUGAAAUAAACCAUGUCUGAUGUUAUUCUUGUAAGUAAAUUUUUGUGAUUGUGAGAACUCCCAUUCCUGUCCUACAUUGUUCAACUUGUAUAAGACAAUGAGUCUGUUUCUUGUAAUGGCUGACGGAUUGAAGCCCUGGGUUGUGCUAAAAAUUAAUGCAAUGGUUGAAGCAUGCAAAUUUUUAUACAAAUAAUUUAUUUCUAAUAAUAAAGGAAUGUUUUGCAAAUGUUGAGACUUGUUUCGUUGCAGUUUUAAAGGCAGGGACACACUUCUCUUCACAACUGGCCCUGUACCCACUUUUGUUUAAUUCCUGCUAUAAAAGGCCUGGUGUGUUCAAGAGAAUGUGGUCCCUUGAAGAAUGUGCUGUUGUGUUGGUGUAUGUGUGUGAGAAAGAGAGAGCGUGUAUUUUAUUACUAUAUCAAGAGAAGUUAUUUGUAUAAGAACUUGUGAAUAUUUCAAGAUUCCCGUGGUAGUUUUUCAUAGUAAUUUCAUUUUUAAAAAAUGAGAAUUCAAGAAAUAGCUCAAGGCAAAAUGCCCUAGGUACUUAUUUUAAUCAACAAAUGAUGACUCAGAAACUUUUGU